ACUACACAAGUAACACACAUCACACACUCAUUUGAGAAAACAAGUAAAACAACACUUAAAGAGCUCUUGCUUUGUGUAAUUAUAAUCAAAUGGAUGAGAAAAAACUUGCAAGAUUCUCAAGCUGCAGAGGAGUGGCAUUUGAGAUCAAGCCUUCCACCGAUCCAUUUGCGAUCAAAACGGCUCCUAUUGAUCAUCCACCUCCUCCUAGUGUUAGGAACUGGCUUCCAUGGGGAAGUUCCAAAAGGAUUACACCUUCAGUGGGAAGUUCCAGAAGGUAUGCCAUGUCUAUUGGAGGUUUGACACAAAGGACUUCUAGUAGCCACUUUUGUGAUCUAGACCUUGAUGACGACGACGAUGAGUAUGAUGGACUCAUGGCAGAUAUUGAAGAAGGUUUCGACAAAGAGGAGGAACGGAAAGAAAGUUCUCUUGAGAGAUCACCUACACAACUACUAACCAAAGUUGCCAAGAAGCCGAAAGAUGCUAGAUUGUCGGUUAUAUUGCUUGAUCAAGGAUUGUUCACUGUGUACAAGCGCCUCUUUGUGCUUUGCUUGACUAUCAAUAUCACCUUUUUGGUGCUUGCUUGCACCGGAAAUUUCCAGUAUGCUGAAGACAAUGCUGCGCUAUUUUCUAUUGCCAACAUUCUUGCUUUGACAAUUUGUCGUAGUGAAGCCUGUUUACGAGGUGUUUUUUGGCUAGCUGUCAAGGUUUUUGGGCAUUCUUGGGUGCCUUUGCGCCUCAAGACCGCGGUGACAUCAUUUUUACAGUGUCUUGGAGGGAUACAUAGUGGCGCUGGAGUCUCGUCAGUGGCAUGGCUGAUAUAUGCAUUAGUAUUAACCAUACAAGACAGAGAGAAUACUUCAAGUGCAAUUAUUGGAAUAGCCUCAACCAUCCUAUCCCUUCUUGUUUUGUCUUGUCUCGCAGCAUUUCCACUAGUACGCCAUCUUCAUCACAACGUUUUUGAAAGGAUUCAUCGGUUUGCAGGUUGGGCUAGUCUUGUACUAGUUUGGGCAUUCAUCACACUCAAAAUUACUUAUGACCCCAAAACAAAGUCAUAUAAAAACUCAUCUGUCUUACUUGAACGCCAAGAAUUCUGGUUUACACUAGCCAUUACCAUCCUUAUAAUCCUCCCAUGGAUGACCAUGAGACGUGUACCAGUCAAAGUCUCAGCACCAUCUGGCCAUGCAUCCAUAAUCAAGUUUCAGGGCGGUGUAAAGUCAGGAAUCUUAGGCAGAAUAAGUCCAUCACCUUUGUCUGAAUGGCAUGCAUUUGGCAUAAUUUCAGAUGGAAAACAAGAGCACAUGAUGCUGGCUGGUGCAGUUGGAGACUUCACAAAGUCAUUAGUCUCUAAUCCACCGAGUCAUUUGUGGGUCCGGACUGUGCAUUUUGCAGGAUUGCCAUAUUUAGUUAACAUGUACAACAGAGUUCUUGUGGUGGCCACUGGAUCAGGUAUAUGUGUCUUCUUGUCAUUCUUAUUGCAGCCAUCGUCUGCAGAUGUUUGCGUGCUUUGGGUGGCCAAAGGAAUUGAACAAAAUUUUGGCAAAGAAAUUAAAGACUGGACUAGCGGAUUCCCGAAAGACAAGGUCAUCGUUCAUGACACCGCAAUACUUGGAAGGCCUAAUGUGUCACAAAUGAGCAUUGAUGCCGCAAAGAAUUGGGGAGCUGAAGUUGUUAUUGUGACCAGUAAUCCUGAAGGGAGUAGAGAUGUUGUUAAUGCUUGCAAGGCCUCUGGAAUUCCAGCCUUUGGUCCCAUCUGGGAUUCUUAAACAUUAUCAUCCAAAGGCAAUUAACUACCUCGGAACGAGAUAUGUUUUGCAUUUAGAGUUGUUUGUUGGGGUUUCAUAUACAUAAUCAUGUUCUAUCGGAGGCCUGGCCACCAUGGUAGAAAUACAUGUACAAAAAAUUUGAAAUAAUAUUUUAUGCUGAAUUGUAAAA